AUGAAAACCGUUGCCGAUUAUACGAGCACGCCGCACCGCGAGCAACGACACGGCAGCCGCUAUUGGCCCCUCGGCCCGCUGUUCCGGUUUCGUUUAUAUUAUUGUUAUCAUUGUUCGGAAGCCGGCAACAGACCAUGUGCUCUCGAGACUUCUGCCGUACCGGAGAGGGGAGAGUUUCGACUGCUCGGCGGGUGGCGCGACGACGAGGGGUUACUCGGCGGCUGCGGCUUCGGCGUGGACGGCGAAGGGUUACGGCGGUGGACCGGGGCCAGGUGUUCGGUUCCAUAA